AUGUUUUGGGUUUGGGCAAUUGUGAUGUUUAAGUUCUGCAUUGACUCGACGUGUUCACAAACUUUGGACAUUACUAGACUCAACAGUAGUUUGGAUACUUUUAAUGUUCCACCUUCAAUAUGCAGUAAUCCUAGCACCGCAUGCAGCUCAUACAACGCUGUAGGUUCUACUUGUUCCUGCUCAUGUGCUGCUAACAGGUCAACGUUCACAUUUUUCAACAACCAAUGGCAGUGUUUGACAAACGCAGCAGCGAGAAAACAUUUCCAAACAGGUAAGCGAAUGGCAAUUUUAGCCCUUUCCCUUCGCAUUUGCGCCAAAAUACAGGUGAUUGAGAGUGACUCAAAGAGAGGGUUUUAGGAGUGAUUGUAAGGAAUUAAGUAUUUACAGCGACGUUUGAUUGGCUAAACCGAACGUUCUUUUAAACGGAAAAGGCCUUUUUUUUAGAGAAAGUGGUUGCUUUCUCGUCUCUGAUGGUAAUUCUAAAUUAGAAACGCUCGAAGUGCGCAAUGCAUAGACGCAUUAAAAAAUUUUGACGAUUAAGCACCAAACUGCAAAUCCUUGUACUGUGGUCCACACGUUUAUCAAAUAAAUCGAGAGUUUACCAUCACCGCAAAGGCAAAUUAAAAAAAGGAAAAAAAUUCGUCGGGGUCGUUGUGUCAAAAAGCUGUCUUAAAAAAUGUAUGGAAUGAUCAGGCGAUAUGCACUUGAAAUCACCAGCUGUUCAAUAUUCUGUUUAUUCGGAUCAUAGCAGCAAAGGAUAAACAAAACCUCCAAACCCAUAAUCUAAUGUGAACGUCGUCUCUAAAUAAUUGGUUAUAAAUUGAAGAUGGGUUUUACAAUUAAGCAACAUGCAUAAUACAUCCUUUGUGUUAAAACCAAUAACCUUUUUGAAAUAAUUUAAUUAACAAAUAGACCUUUCCACAUUGAAGCCGGGGGACGUGAAAUUGUAUUUUUUUUGCACGGUACGAAGGCAAUUUAUUGAGGAUAACGUGUUUUUAUGAUUCUGAUUCCUCAUGGUACACUCAGUGAAAUAGGUUGUAUAUUAAAAGUCUACAUGCAUCUACAAAAAAAUUUUGUUUUUUCUGCUUCUUGAUUUUGCAGAGAAACCGGAGUAAAUAUCGCGACAAAUAUUGUUAAAAACGCUAGAUGAUUUGGCUGUUACACAAUAUAACUGACAAUUAUAUCAGUCGACUGUGAACUGAACCCUUUUCAUUUAAAAGAUUUACUCUGACAAAGCUAGAAAGGCAAAAUGAUACGUGGAAAUCUCUACGAUCAUUACAAAUUGAAGGCAGUUGACGCUACAAAAACUGCCAAGUAACUUGAAUAGUCGAUAAGAACUUUUAAUUUUGCCAAUAAAUUUUUGACCCAAUGGAAAUGGAAAUCCUUCAAGAGAAUAAAGGGACAGUUAAUGAACGUUAAUGUAUUUUCAUUAAUUUCAAUAUUUCACGUUAUUAGAGCAAGAUGUGUAAGUAAUUGUCCCAUUCCUCCAUUUUUAACUUUUUCUAACGUGAAUUCGUUUUGUGUAGCAGCAAUCAAUUGAUAAAUAGUGUCAAGAUGGAUAUUUUAACGCACGAAAGAUACUGUCAGUGUCUUUAAUUAGUGGCUCAGUUAAACUUCAAUUCCUACUGAAAGUUUGACUUUCUUAAUCAUUCACACUCCUUAGGCUGCGAUGGGGCGACUACAUUCUCCGGUGAAAAUAGAGAUGGGCGUUUACCAACAUUAGCCAUUGGCCAGAGGAGGGAAAUUUCGUUGGAGUACUGGCUUUGGCAAGCGUGGACAUGUUCUUUGUAUUUGCCAUCUUCAUGGUUUAUGGGAUGUGAUGGUUCUAAAUAUCUGUUUAGGAAUCAGGUAUAUAACGCUUCUGCCCGACUCUUUUCAAUUACGAGGAGUUCGCCGACUGCUCCAUAUAUCCUUCAGGUAUGAACAUGAGUCAAAUGUAAUGGAGAUAUAUAAUAUAUAUAUAUUUAGUAUAUACUAAAACAGUGGAUAGUGUUUUUCGGGCGCUCUGAUUGGCUAAUCAAUCAGUGAAUAUCCUGCACUGUUCACUGAUUCACCUCCAGUUCCUCCGAGCGAGCGACGCCAAACUCGCGUAGGUUGCGAGCAAAAUGCUUUCCCGGUUUGCUGCCGUAACAAACUAAGAAAUUUCACAACUAAUCAAGCAAGCUAUUUCCGAAAUACAUGAAGAAGGUGAUGAAGUUCGGUUUGGAAGUUUUAACAGGUAAAGCUUUAAUUUGUCUUUUUGACUUGAAUAGUUAUCCAUAAAACCGGUGAAAAAAAUUUGUUUACAAAUGCAAAUUAAGCUUAAGUCUUGCGUUAUUUUAUUUAGUUGACUUGUUCAUAAAUAAGCUUAAAACUAAAUUUAAUAAUCUUUUUUACAGAAUUAUUUUAAAUACAAACAGAAUUCACAACUCCUUUUGAAGAAACUUCCCCGCAAGAGCUUAACAAACGCCUUCAAAAGCUUUAUUUGUCGCUAAGGAAAAGCGACGACCGCGGCCGUUCGGUCAUCUCGCGCCAAAAUUGUAAUCGUUGACAACAGUAAAUGAGUUAAACAUCAUUAUUUUGUGCUCAAAUAUCUCACUGUUUUAGUAUAUACUAAAACAAUUUUUCACCUCAGUGUCGGUGGCUGGUGGUGGAUAUAUAUAUACCUCGCCGCUUCGCAGCCUCGGUAAAUAUCCAAUACUAGCCACCUCCACUUCGGUGAAUAAUAGUUAUAUAUAUAUAUCUACGUUGAUUUUUCUGAAAAUGUUUCAAAGUACUCAGGAUAUUUUUUCUACAGGCGAGAAGAAACUCUCUGCGUGUCCGAAGUUGUUUAUUUACCCGAAUAAAUCCAACCUUGGAAGUGAAUUUUUAGUGGCAAAUCUUAUUCUUUUUUUUUUUUUUUAAGGUAAACUCAGGUGUUCAAGAUAGUCAUUUACUGAAGGGAAAAGUCAUCAACCUGGUCAUGGGCUGCGCCGCAACAUGGCUUGGAAACACCAUUGUAAAUUUGAGGAACUGCUUGGUGUUCAAAUUGGAAGGGACAGAAACUUGUAAGCUUGUUUCUCAUUUCUAACAUACGCUUUGCCAAUAUGGAUUGCACUUAAAUGUGUAACCAAAUCGUCUUCCUGGGCAUUAGUUAGUGUUCCUAAAUAUACAACUUCAUUUUUCAAUAUUCAAAAAAUUGGUAGGAAAAAAGGACUUAAGACCCUACUUGUAAUAACUGUUAAGGUCUACUAUUCGCUCUACUUUGAUGUGAAAACAAGAGCAAUAUCAAGUAGCACAUACAAGAACGUCCCUCAAUUAUCUUGAGAUCCGUUAACUAAUACUUUCCUUGCUACUCUUAAUUGUAAUUGUUGAAUUUGUAUUUUUUUUCCAUGUAAGCUUUGCAAUUUUGUUAAAAAAAAAAAAAAAAACGCUUUAUCCGCCGGCAUGUCUAUGAUAUACUAUCGUUUACGUUUAAUGUCCUGUAAAUGUUUGUUUAUAUUCGGCAGCAAUGUGACAGUUUAUUUCAAAACACGCUUUUAUCAUUUUAUCAGGUCGUGUUAACAAGCCAUCAAACUCUACAAAUCCUUCGAGCUAUGUGGCAUCGUUAUCAAUGCCACGCAUGGAAACACAGACACCAAUCAUCUCGUCGAGCGCUUCCAUGGCAACACCCCUCACAGUCCUUGGUACUACACUGGCAUCCUAUUCAUCUGUAACAUCACUGACUACUUCUCAUGCUACGUCGGUGAUUCCCACGACCUCGCCCAUCACUUCGAAUUGGUCAUCCACAAGCACUAUAGUAACAGCUCUCCAUACUUCAUCCACAGCCUUUAAGUCUUCACCAGAAACUUCCAGUACUCCACUGGGAAUCUCAACCUCUGAGAUUACACCGAGGGCCUCGCCUAGUUCCAUGAGGGCUAUUGUCACUUCAGUGAAAGCCUCACAUGCCUGGCCGACAGUGUCCAUUAGUUCUUUGCAGUCCUCUACUGUGACACCCAUAGUAUCCAGUAUUUUACCAACAACUUCCAUGGCUUUACCGCUUACAUCGAUGGUGUCCGCAAGUUUACUAGCUUCACUGGUAAUCUCGCAUACUUCACUCGGAGUAUCUCCUUCCUUUAAGCAAUUCUCCAUUAGAUGGUCCUCUAAAUCGGAUGCUACAGUAAAAACAGUCUCCAGCUCAAUAAAAUUAGGGUCAAUCAAAGCAUCAACUACUUCGGUGACGCAUUUGAGAGCAGCCUCAGAUAAGUGGUCAACAACCCGCGGUAUAACAGCGACAGUUAGCACUCUUGCAAUACCUCUCGAUGCCUCAUCAAAAGUGACAAUUGUACCUAAAGUAAUUGAGGUUUCACCUACAACAAGACCUAUAGAGCCAGGUGUUAAUCCAUCCUCCUUUGAACCAAUUGUAAGUAAAUGUAGACAAAGUAAAACUUAGGCUGCGUUCGAUUGAUCAUAUUCCGGAAUAAGAACAUGCAAAAGUCUUGUUGGAAAUCUCUUUAACCGCAAUUUUUAGGCACUUAAAGUCGCCAUAUACAUCGGGAUAUUUCAUUUCGAGCAUAUUUCUAGCUAUUGCAAAGCGAUGAACAACAAAUUUAGUGUUUUUAGAGUUUAUUUUUUUAUUGUUAUUCUGAAAUACGUUCACACGAACAUGCCCUUUAAACCCGGUAUAAACAAGAAACCAGCAAAGACUUAACGCUAAGACAGAUACUUUUUUUAUCAUAAAGUACUCUAAUUUCCAUUUUAUUAUCCAUAAGUGUGUGUUAUUUGAAUUUAAAUUAUAGUCACAAUUAUUCACAACUUUAUUCGUCGAUCUCUCAAAUCACCUAUGAUGGAGGACUGAUCUCGCAUUUAUUAAUUGUUUUCCCAGAUUCCUCCCAACGUUAGCAGUGGGCGAAGGAGCAACAGAAACCGUUUAGUCAUUGGCCUCCUUGUAGGGAUAAUGGCAGCCGUCAUCUUAACUGUUAUCGUUAUUGCACUUCUCAUCCAGAAACGUCGCAAUUCAAGGUAAUGAACCAGUGACCAAACAAUGAAAAUAUAACGAGCAUAAACAGCAGGAAAAAUCAACAACCCUCGUUAACGUUAUGUUGUAAUGUUAUUAAAAAUAGAUUGCAAAGGCGGGGCCCUCAAAUUUUACAAUAUCUGUGCCAUAAUUAAGAGGAGAUUUUUAGCGAAAUCUAAGGGUAAGAGCACUCCCUUUUAAACACUGAAUUUUAACUACACGACCGGAAAAUACAUUUAGAGGUUGGGUAAUGUGCUCAUUACUUGAAACCACCAUUAAUUUCGAGCUGGUGAACUGAUAAAGUACUGGACCUUAAAAACUGCUGAAAUGCACAAAACCAAAAUAUGNAAUUUCCAUUUUAUUAUCCAUAAGUGUGUGUUAUUUGAAUUUAAAUUAUAGUCACAAUUAUUCACAACUUUAUUCGUCGAUCUCUCAAAUCACCUAUGAUGGAGGACUGAUCUCGCAUUUAUUAAUUGUUUACCCAGAUUCCUCCCAACGUUAGCAGUGGGCGAAGGAGCAACAGAAACCGUUUAGUCAUUGGCCUCCUUGUAGGGAUAAUGGCAGCCGUCAUCUUAACUGUUAUCGUUGUUACACUUCUUAUCCAGAAACGUCGCAAUUCAAGGUAAUGAAUCAGUGACCAAACAAAGAAAAUAUAAUGAGCAUAAACAGAAGGAAAAAUCAACAACCCUCGUUAACGUUAUGUUGUAAUGUUAUUAAAAAUGGAUUGCAAAGGCUUGUCCUCAAAUUUUACAAUAUCUGUGCCAUAAUUAAGAGGAGAUUUUUAGCGAAAUCUAAGGGUAAGAGCACUCCCUUUUUAAACACUGAAUUUUAAAUACACGACCGGAAAAUACAUUUAGAGGUUGGGUAAUGUGUCAUUACUUGAAACCACCAUUAAUUUCGAGCUGGUGAACUGAUAAAGUACUGGACCUUAAAAACUGCUGAAAUGCACAAAACCAAAAUAUGUUUAGCCGUCAAACAAAAGGGUGAUAAGUUAUUCUCGUUAUAGCAGCUACUGUCGGGUCUUAGCUCAUAGACUAUUUGUUUUAUCAACAGAGGUACAUACCGUCCAAGAUCCGCGAGUGAAGAAACCAAGGUAGGAUUAGAUGGAAAACUGCUUUAAAUUCUGCAGACAGAAGCUUGACUUUUUACCAAGCCAAUUAGUAAGAAAACUCUAUGCUACGAGUACUAACAGAACAUAAGCAACGUUGGAGGAUUUCUGGGUGGAGGCACAGUAUAUUUUUGGAAGUAUUAAGAAUGGUGACAUGGAUAUGUGCAAACGAAACUGAUGUUAUGUGUGUAUUUUGAUCAGAUUUCAGUAUUAAUGAGCCCGCGAACAAACUCAGUGCAAGAGACAGGUGAAGAUGGAAGUGAUCCCAACACCCUUAAACGAUCACGUGAGUAACUCUUGUUGUGGUGAUUUUUUGUAGCCUCCAUGUAAUGGUACUCAUCUCAGGUGACUUUCUGAAUCCUUAUCCUUUUUUUGUAAAUUAUUGCACUAUUGGUCAUUGUAGACAUCGUAUGAAACAAGAACGGUGUUGUGGACUGCCUUGGGAACCCUUGGAACCGCUAGCGUAAAUUUCAAUCGGUAUGGCGAGUAAUAAGAUUGCAUUCUUUCCCAAAAACAGUCCUGGUACAAUUCAAUCCAAUACCGACCCAGGCCCAGACGCAACAUGGCCAACUCGCGGUCAUCACAUUCCCCAGUCCAGAAACUAAAAGAGGAAUGGAUACAAGCUUUUGGCGCAACGAUUUAUGGGAUCAUUUGAGGAUUCAAGCGUCAUUUAUGAUUGGUUAACGGUUGGUUUGAAUACCGUCAACCAAUAAUUACUAACGGUUGUCCACCAAAACGAUCCCAGGAAUCGUUGCGCCGAAAGCUUGUACCCAUUUCCCAUAUUAUACUACUACACGAGGAAUUUCUGCAAUUUGAUUGGCUUAGAGCAGUGGUAUUUCAGCUUAAUUUGAAAUACCUACAUGUGAAAAUUACAAACCUAUUGCGGGUAGUAGUAUAAACAAUAAAUAGCAUGAUUUGUACGUGAUAUUUGGCAUAAAUACCACUCGUGAUAUUUCAAAAUUGUCUCAAAUUUCACUCUCCUAACGGCUCGUGAAAUUACGUAUAACAAUUUUGAAAUAUCACUCGUGGUAUUUAUGCCAGAUAUCACCACAAAUCAUGCUAUUACCUGUACUAAUUUCAGUAGAGGGAAAUUGUGUGGCUCUCCAUUCAACUGUAAUGCUUACUGCAUGUAUUUCUGUCUGCUUGUCUCAUACUUUUUUUCUCCUUCUUACCUUAUCCGAAGAAACGUCAGUAGUUCUAUUAAAUCAUAAUAUUUCUUUUGAUCUUAUAUGGGUUUUUGAACUGUUCGUUCCAGCCAUGUACGUGCCAAACUACCGAAUUCCCUUGUGGCAGGAUGAACAAGACAACACCUGUGUGUAUGCAGUCCUGCAUUUCCCCGAAGGUGUAGAUGGUAGAGUCAGGACUGGAGAGGAACCAAUCUAUAACGUUCUUGAAGAGCCAGCUACGAACAGUGAAGAAGGCAUUAAAAAUGGCCAGCUCAUUGAGACGGACGAAGAUGUGUUUCAUGUUAUUGAUGACAAAACUGGCGGAGACUCCGGACCAGGCGCUUAUGAUAAUCAUAUUUAUGCAGAAGUAGUACGUAAACCUAAAAGACGAACAGCCAUUAAAAGUAAGCGCCCUGGUAACUAUUCAGAACAUUCACGAGAUACACUACGAAAGGCUUUGGAGCCUUAUAUGAGAAGCGCAGAGGAAUCAGACCAAGACGACACCCCUGAUACAGAAAAUGCCAUCUACUUCACUCUGGAGAAGUGUUUCUCGGAUAGCUUUAAGGCGGCUAAUAAUGAUUCCGUAGAUGACAAGACAUCCGCUGGAAAAACCUUAAAAGGACCAGAUCAAUACAAGGCCGUCUGCACUGAGGCAUUAGUCUUCUGCACAAAGAGGUCUGGCUCUAGAAGAUCCAUUAACAACAACAAUGAAGCUAGAUUUACAAUUGAGCAAGUGUUCGACGAUUUAGAGGCACGUUAUCUUCAAGGGACAGGAGUACCAGAGAAAGCUUCCUCAGGCAAAGCAGAAACCACCUCAGAACUUGAAAUGGACAACUUGAAGAAAGCUCGGAGUGACUCAAAGAAAGUAAAUGAAUCUGUGUACAACUUUUUAGAAGAGGUUUGCCGACAAGGGCUUCCAACCUUUCAGUCUGCCUCAAGCCAGGAAGGGCCCGUUUACUUCACACUGAAGAGAUUAAAAUCAAAUCACUCCAAAGCAACAAGAAUGAGACCAAAAUGGGCUGCUGAAACUGGUUCAAAUGCUUUGGAAGAACGUUUCCUUAAGCGUGCAGAAGGAUGUGACCUGAGCGAUAGCACCUCAGCAGAAAAGCCGGUCUUCUUUACACUGGAAAGUUGUUGUUCAGAUAGCCUAACAAGAGACAAAAGUGAUACUAUGCACGCAAAUGAACCAGUUAGUCAAGGUUUAGAGGAACGCUACCUUAAAAGAGCAGAGGGACCUGGCCAAAGCCUUACAUCGAGAAGUAAUGAUUUCAACAAUUUAGAAAGGAUUUAUUCUGAUAGUUUCAAGAUCCCGAACAGCGAGUCCCAUUGUUAAACUGAGACGGUUUACCAGGUUUUGUGGCAAGACUAGAAAAUGCAUAUCAUCAUUUUGACAGGAAAUAAUUUCACCUUUUAAGGAGCAUAAGGAAUGACAAUCGUGACGCAAUUGGCGAAAUUAUUCUAGGUAGUCCAUUGCUUCCUCUAUCACAAUGGCAUAUCAUAUAUAUGACCCAUCUGAUAUUCGAACAAACUGGAUAUUUCUAGAUGACAACAACUUUGACAAGGGGCUAAAUAUAAUUGUCCUUCUAAGCAUAAUUGAGACUUUUAAAUCACGUAACGGAGACACAUUUUUGCGUGUUGUAAAUUUAUGGCGAUACGGUUGAUGUAUCAGAAAGGCAUCUGCUUGAACUUUAGAGAUUUAUGGUUACGGUAAAUUUUAAUUUCGGAAAUUUAAGUCUUUUAAUAAAUACGAACGUAAAAACAUAAAGAUCGUCCAUGUGUGCUGUGUGUUUUUCCUAACGUUAGUUUUCCUUCGAUAUUUCUAAUUAUAUAGAUGCUCAAAGGCAGUUGCCUAAUAUGGCACAAGGAAUUCGUUGUGACGUGUUCAUUCGGUUCAUACACCCCGAAGGGAAUUUUUGGUUUCGUCAGUUAAUAGCUGU